AUGCCCGCCAGCAUGUUCAGCAUCGACAACAUCCUGGCCGCCCGGCCGCGCGGCAAGGACUCGGUGCUGCCAGUGGCGCCCAGCGCGGCGGCGCCCGUCGUCUUCCCGGCCCUGCACGGAGACGCGCUCUAUGGCACGGGCGGCAGCGCCUCUUCGGACUAUGGCGCCUUCUACCCGCGCCCCGUGGCCCCCAGCGGCGCGGGCCUGUCGGCCGCGGUCGGCGGCUCCCGCCUGGGCUACAACUACUAUUACGGGCAGCUGCACGUGCAGGCGGCGCCCGUGGGCCCGGCCUGCUGCGGAGCCGUGCCGCCGCUGGGCGCCCAGCAGUGCUCCUGCGUCCCGACACCCCCAGGCUACGAGGGCCCGGGCUCCGUGCUGGUGUCCCCGGUGCCGCACCAGAUGCUCCCCUACAUGAACGUGGGCACGCUGUCGCGCACCGAGCUGCAGCUCCUCAACCAGCUGCACUGUCGGCGGAAGCGGCGGCACCGCACCAUCUUUACGGAUGAGCAGCUUGAAGCGCUGGAGAACCUUUUCCAGGAGACCAAGUACCCCGACGUGGGCACGCGCGAGCAGCUGGCCCGGAAGGUGCACCUCCGCGAGGAGAAGGUGGAGGUCUGGUUUAAGAACCGCCGGGCCAAAUGGAGGCGGCAGAAACGGUCGUCGUCAUCCGAGUCGGAAAACGCCGAGAAGUGGAACAAGGCGUCGUCCAAGGCGUCGCCGGCGAAGAUGGAAGAAGGUAAAAGCGACUUGGACUCGGACAGCUGACAGCCGUGGGCCGGCGGUGCCCGAGGCUGACUCGAAGGACUUGCACAGACGGACGAUGCUACUUUCUUGCACACGCGCGGCCUUGCGGGGAGGGGAUUGAGAGAAAGAAACGGCGUGUAAAUAGUGUACAGACCGCGAGGGUCCGCGCCCCUCCAGCCAGGCCGGCGGCGCCGCGCUCCACACCGUAGUAUUUAUAGUUAAGUUAACUAACGGUGACCAUACAAUAAAGUGAUGACGAUUA